GUCCCACCGCAUUUUUAUUCCGACUUCACAGAAAAACGAAAGUUGAAGCACUUUCGUAAACUUAAAAUUGCACGCUUCUUACAUAAGGUUUUUGACAUACUACGGUCGGAUAGGGACAAGAAACGAGCCAGUUACCCACAGCAUUCAGAUUUACGUACUACACAUCUGUAAUUUGUAUAUGAAAUAGAAGAUGAAAAAUGUAUCAUCCCUGUGGGUGCUGAUAGUCUAGGCUAACCCACGUUUUGUGAAUUAAUUUCUCUAACUCGUGGUAAGGACACGCUGCCUUUUUGAGCCAAAGGUACUCAAGAGUCGCAUUUGGAAUCGCGUGAAGCCCAUUGGAUUUACUGUUGUUUCUUAAUUUCAGAUCGAGACACAAACACUGCACGACUGAAAUAAAAAAAUGCAAGGAAUGUUGCUUCAUCAGUGACAAGGAGUUGUCACCUUGUGAUUUGUAAUGACUCCCGCGUUGCGCCUCAUUUUAUAAAGACGACAUCUUAUCAUGUUAGUUGGUUUGAGGAGUUAUCGGCUGGCCUUCGCAGCUGUCUUGGGAGGGACAGCAGCAGGAAUUUUCUUGGUCUAUGUUUUCAGGAAACAGCGAAGAAAAGAUGCAGAGCGAAGGCAAAAUAAUAUUGGAGACUUGCGUUUGUAUGCACAUCCUGUAAGGGUUGUCGAAACCGACACAGCUUGGAAUAAUGGUACUAGACUUGUAGAUGGUGACCAUCCAAAUACUGUUGUAGCAUUGUGGGAUAUGCAGGCUGAACUUCUGGACCGCUUGAAUGCUCUUCUACAUUCCGUCACUGAGCUUCGUCAGGAAGUUGCUGAAGUCCGUGGUAACCUUCGAGAGACUGCAUCACAGAUUGUUGGGGAUGUCAGAUCCCUUAUUGAAGAGAAUCAGAGGACAGCUCGCAGAAGGAAACAUAUAUUGUACCAAAGAGAGCGCAGUGAUUCCGCCAGCUCAAGUUCCAUUUAUUUUACAGCUUUCUCUGGGAUGAGUAGCAGUGGCAAAGAAGACAUUGAGAGUGAAGGAGGGUACACCACGGCAAAUCCCGAGUCUGAUUAUGAGACACCAGCAAAUGCAGAGUCUGAUAAUGAUCAGGAGUCUGAAAGAGAGAAUGAAGACGAAGUCAGCACAGGCACUGUAAAAGCCCUCGGUAGACAUUCCCCAAGUCUGACUGAUGAUGAUGAACCCGACCUGCUGACCCACGAUUUGAUGGAUUUUGUGGAAGAUGACUUAUCUUUGCUGCUAAAGAAAGCUGAUGGGCUUCAUGCUGGUACUACUGAGGAAAAGAAAAUGGGAUAUGACUUGCUGCUAGAGAAAAGAUCAUUGUAUGGUGAAAAGGAAGAGUUUGUGUGGCGAUUGGCUCGUGCAUACAGUGAUAUCCAUGAACUGACAGAGUCUGACAAGGAGAAAUCAUCUUAUGCGUCUAAUGGUGAGGUAGAAUCAAAAACUGACCUUCAGAAGAAUGAUCGAAUUGCUGACAGUCAUUAGUGAUAAUUGUAUUUCCACAAACUGCAACACUAUAUUUUGCAGAACGUCAACUGCUCCUACAAGCUAAAAAUAAUGCUCAACCAAUAUAUUUCACUGCCUCAGAUUUUCAUACUAUCGAUGACUGAAGUAGAAACACUGCUGGAUGGAAAAUUAUUUGCAGACUUCAGCAGAGAGUUAAAAGUGUUCUAUCCUAACCUGAGAAAAUGCAUUAAUGUGUGGCUAAAGGAACAGUCCAGAAUCUGCACAGUGUAACAUUUACCUUUUCUUGGCCAGUGGUGCUGGUCAUUUUGCUGAUGCUGCUGGUGAGUAGUGGAAGCUGUUGUUUCGCAUUAGUCAGAAUCUGCAGCUAAAGUGUCACCUUGUGGCUGCUGUUUGUUCCUGUUUGAUUAUGCUACCUCAAUGGUACAGGAGCUGAAAAUCUGAAGGGUAUACCAGUGGCCUGGGUUUGAGAAUGAAGCCGUAAUAGUGAAGUGCGAGCCACGUGUGGAAAAGUUUGAGCAACAACUGAUUUCCUUCCUUCCUUCCUUUUCUUGAGGAUUAUUCCUUUCAUGAGUUCACCAACAUGUUCUCUUUCGUCAUAGUCUGGUGGAUGAACAUGCAUUGCAUUCGUGUGUGUGAGGAUGCAGACUACGACAAUAGUCAGUUUGUACUAAGAGUAGUGAUGUAAGUGGACAGAAUGAUGGUGCCAUUUUUCUUCAGCACUCUGCGGGGAUUUCCAUUUUCUUUGUGCCACUUGGUGACAGGAAGAGUUCUUCAGCUGCCUCAUCAUCUGACUAGGUAUACAGAGUGAAGUGUAAAGCUAUCAGCUUGUAUAUGAGUGUACAUCAGAAGGAAUAUUGAGACUUUAGGGUGAAAGUGCAUAGUUAGUGUCAAUUAUUGAAGAAUGUAUUUUCUAUUCAACUAAUGAAUAUAGAAAAGUACUUCGCUGGCAAAUGUGGUGUACUGUCAAGAUAGUUAAUGAAGCCUCAUGUGUAAUAAAUUUCAGUGGGACCACUAGACAGACUGCAGAUUAUGUUAUGUAGUUAAAUGAGAGGUGCCUGUUAUAUGAAGUGACAGACCAGUUGUGUGCUUGUAGGAAAUUAUUUAUUUGAACACUUAUUUUUCAGAGAGAGAGCACAGGUUUAUGUGAAAUAGCCACAUGCCCUAGCAGUUGAGGGCUAUAAAAGCAAAGGGGUUGUUUUUUUUUGUUUUUUGUUUUUUUUAUAAGCAUACUAGCCUGUAACUUUCUUUUCCCCUUAACAGUGCUCCAGAACACUUCCAAAUAAGAGAAAGAACUAAGGUUCCAGACGUAUUACAUGCAGAAACAAAGAAUAAUAUUGAAAAAUAUGUUACAAGGGAAUAAAGCUGAUGAAUGACAAAUUAUUUGGUAAAAUAUGUGAUGCACGGUGAUGACUGGCCUAAAAACAGAAUGCUUGAAAUAGAGUAAGAGUGCUUCAAGAGGAUUGUUUGGUGUUAUGACUGUAAAGCAAUAAUAUAUUCCAGGAAAACAGCAGCAGGAGGACAGAACAUAGGAAAGUCAUUGCAUUUGAUGCCAGAAGAUAUCGGAGUAAAACAGAGUUGACAUUUAUUGGCUGCUGUUGUCUAACUAAACACUGAAGAGCUUAAUGGGGUUUGGAAGUUUCAAGUCAAAGCAUAGGAAGUUUAAAAAAAUGUAGAGGAAUGAAAAUGAGAGAGCAGCAUUUUAGAGAGGGUUAUAGUGGCAGCUUAAAGCUUUUCAGACUAAAGCAGUGACUACAGUGUGGUGAAUAAGUACUGUAUACCAAAGAAGAAAGGAACAGGGCAUCCAGUCGUAUAAUUGAGAUUUAAACAGGUGUCUAGAGCUAGUCUUCCUUAUCAAGAGUGGAGCAGUGCUCUGUAGUGGAGUGUCCACGUAGCAAAGGUGUGUUUCCCAGCCUGACACCUCACCCUAAGAUGACUGAGAAUGGCUGUACUGCCUUAAUUAAGUGUGAAAGGAGAUUAGUAUAUAGCAUGCCUGUACUUUCAGAUGGAGAAGCUUAUGAGUUAAAGCUGUGAACCAAACUAAAGAAAUAACCAGUAAGAGGUAUUGCAGUGUUUAUUAUAAAGUAGCGGGCUGUGUGUAAGCCUAGGCAGAAUAACAUUGUGUGCAUUAUUCCAGUGUUUAAAACCAACUUUGAGGGACUGUCCAGGGGCUCAUUGGCCAUGAGGGGUAGAGUAAAACUCAGAAGAAGCAGCACCACCCCAGCUGCUCACUGAAAUAGUUUGCUAGAAUUGUAGGUCAGUGAACCAAGGCAGCAAGGAAGCCAGUAUGUUGUUUUGAGAUUCUUGAAAUUGCAGUCACAUGUUGUGCAACUAAGUAAGUUGUUAAACUUUACUAAAGGUCCUGCCUCAACUCAUAAAACAAGUCAUUUGAGUCUGUUGGGUUUGAUUUGCUUCAGAUCUGUGUAUCCAAACAAGAAUCUUUCCUCCUGUAUCAGGGCAGUUAUGCUUUGCCUUGUGCUAAUUUUUUUUUCUUAGUUAAAAAGGAACAAAACACAUGGGAAACAUCCUGGGUGAUUCAAAUGGAGCAGCAUUUUCUUGUUGGUAAUAAAUACUGCUGCAAAACAAAUUCCAUCCCCCCCUAACUUAAUUUGUCAUAAAUACCAAUCAAAUUGGAGCUGAUAUGUUGUUCUCAUCUGAGAAGAAAAUGUGAUUAAUUAGUUCUAACUAAAUUAAUGUCUGUGUGCUUUCACUACUUUGCUUUAUUAUGUUAGGAAUGCCUUGUGACUCAGACCCAGAUCAGUGUUGUGUGAAAAAUUAAGAAAAUCAUACAAGUUUUCAUGGUUUGAUACAAUUUAUUUAUAUGCUUUUUGUUUAUGCUUUAACUUAUAUUUUAACAUUAUUUUAGUAUAUUUUUAAAAUGUAUUAUGUUUAUUAAAAUAGUGUAUAUAUGCACACAUUUCAUGAGUAUAGAUAUUUGUGGAUGUGAACAGUGUAUUUUUGAUGUGCAUAACUCAUCAAGAGGACACUGAUGUUUGGUCAAUCAUCACAGGUAAUUAAAAUUUUAAUUAAAACUC